AUGGAUCGCACAACGCUGUUUUUACUCUUGACAGCCAGCCAGGUGGGUGCGAGGCUGUUCUGUGGAAAAGCUAAGAUGCCUCUAGAGAUUGGCGACUGGCAUCAGGGCCUCAGCCACAUGGAUUCAGCGGUUGUCGAGAAUCGACCCGUGACGAUCAACGAAGGUCAAGUGUACGUAUACGAGAACUACUUCCCCGGUCACACCAUCAACUAUAUCCACGUAGACAAUGUAGCGAUCAAAACGUGUGGCGCAAGCGCAUCUAUAAAAAAAGGUGGCAUCGGUACUUCCUCUGUACUCAUUAUACUGCACGCCGGGACCCAUGAAGAGAUAAGAUCUGUAAUAGAUAUAUGGGGAACCAAACAUCGCGCGGUAACAACGGCCCCACCACUGCACGACUUGAAGAAAUUAAAAUCCUUCUACCUAUUCAAAGAACUGAGAGCCGUCAACCACAACAAUCAAUAUUAA